AAGUGCAUAAAGCGAGUGGCAUCGGCGCAGUUCAGGCUUGUUAGCCUAAAAAUUGAAAGUUUGCCGGUCGCCAUCGUCAGUCCGUCAGUCGCCAAUCGUCGGCCAUACUUCUCUUUCUGUAAUUUUGCCCUCUCAACCUGCCCUGCCUAUAUAUAUAUAUAUAUAUAUUAAAUACAUUACCUUUCGAAAGUUUUCAUUUAUUCAUUGUAAUCAUCAAAAAUCUUCAAUGUGAUCUUCUAUUUUUUUUUAUAUUCCACUAUUGUCAUCUUUAAUGAAAUAUUUUCCUUCCAUUGUUGAUUCUACUUUGAUUUUUUCCUUUUAAAGUACUUUAUUUCAGUGAACAACAAAAACACACUUGCAUAUUUAUCACUGUCUGUACCGUCUUCCGUUUUUUUUUUUUUCAGCGUUUUUAGUUACUUCUUUGACACACACCCACCAAUACGUGUAUAAGGAUUAUAAAGGAGCACAUCACCUUUGUAAAUUUUACGCAGUAUGAUAUGAAAAAGAAACAUUGCAAAAAAUUUCAAGAUGAAACAAUUUUUCUUAGUACUUGUCUUAUUUCUACCGCAAUUGUGCAUUGCUUUCAAUUCAACAGAAGAUGACCUAGUAUUUGUUGACGAUGGUGACGAACCGUCAUCGUUAAGUAAAACUGAUUCUGUUGUGAUUCAACAUGAAGAUUUUUAUCGAGAACAGCGACAUAGAGAUCAUCGAUAUUGGGAGCAUAAAUUGACUAAUAAAAAAAAAUUCAGUAAAAUAAAUGAGAAACUUAAUAGAAAUGUUAUAGUUGGACAUGUUUUUAAAUUGAAAUUUCCAAAGUAUGCACUUGGACAUAUUAUUCAACGAUAUGAGGUGCAUAUCAAAGAUAAUAGUAAAGGAUUUCCUUCUUGGCUUUAUUGGGAUGAAUUAACAAACACCUUAUUAGGAGUACCAGCAAAAACUGAUAUUGGAAAAUAUAAUGUAAUUGUAAAAGCUUUGGGAAAAACGAAAAAUAUUAUUGAAAAAUAUAAUUUUUUUGUGUCUGUUAAUGGAGAUAAAUUUACAAAGUUCAAAAUUGAAAAAAAUCAUUGCAAAAAUGGCCAAGGUCCACUUCAAUCGGCAAUUUUAUUAGAUGUCAAAUUUGAAAAUAUGAAUGGUAAAACAAAAGUAAAAACUAUUGAAAAACUCGCUGAAUUAUUUCAUCUUAACACGGAUUCAAUAAUAAUGCAACAGAAUAGGGAAACAUAUUUAACUACCAUUCAUUGGCAGUCUGAAUGCGAGGAACUACGCUAUUCAAAGAAAGAAGAUGUAAUGUUAUCCGUACAAAAUAAGGCUUUGUCGGAUAUUUUACAAUUGCCAGUUAUUCGUUGGGUAAAAAAAGCUGAUACAUCAAAAGAAAUAAUAUUUGAAAGAAAUCGUCGAGAUGCUGGUUCAGGUGAUUCUUUAAAUGGUCAGGAAUACGGUGGUUACGAUGAUGAAAAUUAUGACGAUGAUUACGAUGAUGAUGACGAUGAUAAUGAUGAUGAAGAUAUUAAUAAAGGAUCAGUAACUGAGAAUAAUAUAAAUGCACAACUACCUCAAGUUUCAAGUUCAACGAAACUCAAUACGGCAACAGAAUCUGAACAUCCACAUAGACAUCAUCAUGGAGAGGAAACAAUUGAUCUGAAGAAUACACAAUCUUUAUCAACUGAAACUACGAGGACUAUGAAGCCAGAGACAACUGCAUCUUUAUUAAAUCUUUCAACUUCUAAUGAAACUAUUUUUGGAUCAAUUACAACGAUCGAUACAACAUUUAGUACAUUUAUUUCAACGACAUUGCCAACAAUUAUUAAUACAACUGAUGAUUUUAUGGAAAAACAAACUGAAGAAGAUGAAGAGGCAAAUACAAUUGUACCAAUUGAUUUUAAUGAUAAUUCAACAACUUUAUCAUCGAUAAUAAAUCAAAAUACAGUUGAUAGAACAAUUGAAAAGGAGAAUAAAACAACUGUUUCUAUCUUAACCGUAACUUCCGAAGAGUCUACAGACGAAAGUACAAUUUAUUCAACACGAGAGGAUACGACCACUCCAACGGAAAUAACUGUUAAUUUUUCUCCUUUCAAUGUAUCAACAAGUACAUCGAUUAGUGAUACAAGCACUACACAACAUUGGAAAACAUUGGAAACAUCGAGUUCAAUUGAUCCUGUAACAACAACGAUUUCUACAUUGAAACCAACUGUCGCUACUACAACCACAACCACUACAACUACCACCACUACAAUAAGCAAUGCUCCACCAGUUUUAUUGAGAAGAAUACAAAAAAUACCAGUUCUCGCUGGAAAAUGUAAAAUACAAAUAAUAUCAAAUGAUACAUUCCGUGACGAUGUUGAUGGAUUUACAAGAAAUUUACAUUUAUCUCUUUCACCUAAAUUUGAUUGGAUUAAAUUGAAUAAUGAAACUCAGGAACUUUAUAUGAUACCACUGCUGAAGGAUGUUUCAAGGCAUGUUUUUAAAUUAACAGCUACAAAUAGUAGAGGACAAAGUGUUUCAGAGGACUUUGAAGUUUAUGUACAACAACCAUCGAAGAGAGUUCAAUUUGAAUUUCAUUUAUAUUUGGAUAUUCUCCAUCGUCAUGCACUUUCCAAUGAUGUUGACUGGAAAUUCAGGGCCGUUGAAAAUCUUGUUAAUCUAUUUCAAGACAAGAAUAAUUCACACAUUACUUUUACCGAUAUUCAUAUGGAAAAUAAUCAUCGAGCUAUUUUAUCAUGGACAAAUGAUACUCUUUCAAAUUUCUCAGAAUGUCCUGCUGAAAAAAUAGAACAAAUUCUUCAUGUUCUGGUUGAUAAAAAUGGAAAUCCAAGUUCACGUUUGAAAAAUAUCUUCCUGCCAUCAAUAAAUGUGACAAAUAUUCUUAAUCGACCUGGCGAUCACAGUCAAUGCAGUAAUGAAAUAAUAAAAUAUGCGAAAUCAGAAUUUACAACUGAAACACCAGUAACAAAUUACAAUCCUAUUCUAAGAAAUCAAAUUGAUCGUUUAAAUUGUACUCUUGGUCAAUUAUUUGUUUUCAAAGUACCAGAUGACACAUUCUACGAUAUAAAAGAUGGUUCAACUCGUGAUUUAAAUUUAUCUCUUCGAAAUUCUGAUGGAUCGGAAAUUUCUCCUGAUGAAUGGCUACAAUUUGAUAGUAAAAAUCAAGAAUUUUAUGGUGUACCAAUGAAGGGUGAUGUCAAGUCAAAAAUUUAUCAUCUAGAAGCUAGGGAUAAAGAAGGUUUAGCAGCUCGAGACAGUUUAAGAGUUCAUGUAUCAAUUCCCCUUCCAAAAGAAUACAGUGUUGAAUUUUCAAUGACAUUGGAAGUUCCUUUUGAAGAUUUUGCAAAAUCAGCAAAAAGAAAACGUUUAUUCAUUGAAAAAGUAUGUGAAUUAUUUGGAGAUAGUGAUACAAGUACUGUUUCAUUAGAGAGUAUUACUAGAGGAAGUACUGUUGUUACAUGGCGUAAUACAACAUUGGCAACAAAAAAUUGUCCAAAUGAAGAAAUUGAUAAACUUCGUAAAGUUGUGGUUAAAGAAGACAAAACAUUAACCGAUCGUGUUGAUAAUAUUAUGGGAAAUAAUGCAUUUCCUGUUAAACAAAUAACAUUAACACCAUUGGGUAGCUGUUUAGGAGAAUUGACUGGUAUUCAUAAACCAGAUAGCAUUAUACCACCAUUUGAUGAUUCAAGAUCAGUUGGUGCAAGCAAUGACGAAUAUCUUAUCACAUUUGUACUUCCAGCAAUUAUUAUUUUAACAAUGCUUAUAUUGGCCGGUAUUAUUGCCUGUAUAUUUUAUAAAAGAAGACGUAGUGGAAAAAUGAGUGUAAGCGAGCAAGACGACGAGAGACAAUCAUUUAGAAAUAAAGGAAUUCCAGUUAUAUUUCAAGAUGAAUUAGAUGAAAAACCCGAUCCAGGUAAUAAAUCACCGAUUAUUUUGAAAGAAGAAAAACCACCACUUCCACCACCUGAUUAUCAAAAAUCAGAAGACGGCGCUGAUAUACCAAUGUUGGCAAAAGAAAAUUCCGAAGAACCAUAUCAACCUCCACCACCAUUUGCUACUAAUCGUGACAAUAAUCGUCAAAAUCGACCAAAACCAACUCCAACUUAUAGAAAGCCUCCCCCCUAUGUUCCACCCUAACGAAAUUCAUUAAAUACACUGGCUAUGUUCGAAUAGCGAAUUCCCUGCGUCUGAACUCAUUAAAAAUGAAAAAGGGAUAUUAAUGACGUUUCUAAAAACAAAAAUAGUUAUUUUUAUUGAUUACAGCAGUUGAUUUCUUUUUUUUUAUUGUCCUUUAAAGGGACAAAUACCCCGUGAAAUCACACGUUGCCUUUUGCAAUGAAUUUUAUAUAUUGUAAAUUAGAGUUCAGAUGUAACCUGGCAUCCUACUUAUUGAUUGAAUAAUUUUUGUUUAUACUAAUAAUCAACUGAAUUGCAGUGCAGUAUGUUAAUCAUAAUAUAGUGCCAUUUAAAUACAAUACAAUUUUGGCAGUAUUGUACUUAGCGUCAGAUAUUUUUCACUAUACUUUAAUAGAAAAAAAAAAAAAGAAAUUCUUUAUCAAGAUUUUCGCUAUUUUAACAAUUUUUAAUCUCAGACAUUUUUCUUUUUCAUUUGAAAAAAGAAUCCAACGAAAAAUCACUGCCAAACAACAGAAGACUUGGAAUUUUUUAAUAAUAUAAUUUUUAAAUACAUCGCAGAGAAAAAAAUUAACGAAUUCAACUCUGUCUCUAAGAGUCAGUAUUUGCUUUAUUUUACUAAAAAAAAAAUGUUGGCAAAAAUUUUUUAAAAAAAUUUUUGUUAACAUUUUAUGAGAAUGUGUUUUCGACCAAGUAAUAGGGUACAUAAAUAAUUUUUUUUUUAUAAAACUAUGCUAAAUAUUUUAGACAAAAAACGAAGACAAUUUGCAAUUUAAAACAAAAAUUCUUUUAAAAAAACAUUUUUUCUUUUACAAAAAAAAAAGCAUAGUAUGUACAUUAAAUUUUUUCCCCCCUAGAACUGACGGUUGUGAAUAUAUUCCCAUUUAUAAUUUAUAUACUCGAUAAAUACAUAAAUAUAGUCGUCAAAGAACAAUAAAGUUAAUUCAAUUUUUGUGUAGUUAUGUACAAUGUACAUAAUAAUAUUUAGAAAUGUCGUUGAUUUAUUAUUUAUCAAAAAUUAUUUGUACGCGCAUUUAUGUUCAUAAUUAAUUAAAAACGGCAUAAUAAUUGGAAAUAUAAUAUAAAUUUUAAUGAAAAUGAGACUGUCAAAUGCGAUGUGACAUUUACCAUAUGUGGUAUAAAUACUAUUUCUAGUAAUUUUUUUUUUUUCGAUCAAUGCUUCCACUGAUUAAGUUUUAAGCUAUAUAAUUAAUUGGGACGACAAUUAAAGGCCAAAGCGUCACCGAUGAUACAAUCUUUACUAAUGUAAACUCAAUCGUCCCAAAGAAUUUUGUCAAUUAAUUAAUAUUUUUAUUUAAAUGAAAAAAAAAAUGUUUAAUAAAUAAAUUUUAACGACAAUAAUUGGUUAAAAUCCUAAAAAACAAAUUAUUUUUUAUAAUAAAAAAGAAAAUGGACGAUUUUGUGAACAUUGUAUAGAUUAGAUUAACUAGGCUAUUGAGAUCAAGAUAUGUAAUUUGCAUAAAAAAGGAAGAGAAAAUAUUGCUUUUAUAAAAUGAUUAGCAAAAAUUUAAAAAAAAAAAAAUUUUGUUAUAGAAUUUUUGCCAAAGAAAAAAUUGCAAGAAAAUUUUCUUCUAAAAGAAAAAAAAAAAAAAUUUGUUGAAAAAGCCUGUGUUAUCACAUCGGAAAGGAUUAAUUAAUUAUUAUUUUACAAUUGUACAUUAUAUUAUUAAUUCUCUGUUCGAUAUGUAAUUGUUAAACUAUUAUACCUGCUAUACAUUUAAUGUAUGUACUUCGAUAGAAAAUAGUUUCGACUCAGAAAUAGAAAAGAAAAAAAAAAAAAAUAUUUCUGAUUAUUAUAAUAUAAAAUGACACGCCGAAAUACUGCCACAAGCGCAUUUUUUUUUUUUUUUUUUUAACGCUUUUCGCGAUACUUUUUUUUUUAUAUAAAUCUACAAAAUAUUAUAUAUACUAAUACAAAAAAAAGUGCAGGGAACGCGAAAUAGUUUCUUAGCGCAUAAUAUUUUUCGGCGCGAAUCUAAAUUAAUAUUAAAUUUCAAUUAAUGAAAUUUCUAUUAAUUUAUGAAAAAGAAACUUGACUUUUGCGAAUGAAAUGAUAAACUUGACGCACAUAUAAGUUGAUAAGUCAAGUUUUUACUGUGAAAUUUUUUUUUUUUACUAAAACAGAUAUUAACAUUGAUUUUUAAUUUUACAUUUUAGCUUCUAUGUAGUUACCACGCCAAAACAAUUAAUAUAUAAGAGAUAAGCAUAUGUAUAUAGAUACAUCAUCGAACUAAUAAAAAAAUAUUUAAAAAAAAAAAAAAAUGAUUCGACUCACAUAACACAACAUGUUGCCACACGUUUGCGACUAUUCAAUCUUUUUUUUAAAUUUGCAUUUUUUUAAACAGAAAUUUAUUUUUUUUUUUAUCUUAACGUAAACUUGUGGCAUAGUGCUGUGAGAAUAAUGGACAUGUGCACUAUUUCUAAAUUUUAUAUACUUAUGCCACCAGUAAAAAUAUAUAAUUAAUUAUUUUAAAACGCGCGUGCAUUUGUAGCUUUAUAUAAAAUAUUUUCCAUGUUGUACAAGUUAUGUGUAGUAUUAAAAAAAAAAAUGUGAGGAAACAUUAAA